AUGGCGGAGACCACCGCGGCCGCGGAACUCCCCGGCGCGCAGCCUGAGACGGCGGGCCCGCUGGACCGCGGCGAUCCCGCGACCUACCCGGAAUGGUUCACGACGCGCAAGCCGCGCGCCAACCUGAUCGUCGCGCGCUGGGUGCCCAUCGCCCUGGUCGGCCUGCCGGUGCUGGUGCUGUUCUGCAUCGUGGUCUAUCCGACGGUCUGGAUGUUCUACCAUGCGCUGCAUGACACCAACAUGAUGCGACUGUUCCAGGGCAACUGGAACUAUAUCGGCUUCGAGAACUUCGCCACGGUGCUGAACUCCGACCGCUUCGGCGAUUCGGUGGUGCAUCUGGGCAUCUACCUCACCUUCGGCGCCUGUCUGCAGGUGAUCCUCGGCACAAUCCUGGCCCUCAUCCUCUAUGAACUGGUGAAGAGCAACGCCCUUCGGGUCGUCCUGCUGAUCGCCAUGGUGCUGCCGAUGAUGCUGCCGCCCUCGAUCGUCGGCGUGCUGUGGAAGUUCCUGCUCACCCCCUCCAACGGCGCCAUCAACCAGGCGCUCCUGAACCUGGGGCUCAUCGACCAGCAUAUCGAGUGGUUCAACGCCGGGCUCUCGCUCUGGACCAUCAUCAUCGCAGACGUCUGGAACUGGACGGCGCUGCCGCUGCUGAUCGUCUACUCGGGCCGUGUCUCCCUGCCGCCGGCGGUCUAUGAGGCGGCGCGGGUCGACGGGGCGGGCGCCUGGACCACGCUCAGGCGCAUCACCCUGCCGAUGCUGAAGGAGGUGAUUGCCAUCGCCUUCAUCGUGCGCUUCAUGGAUGCCUUCAAGUUCGUCGACCUGGUUUUCAUCAUGACUUCCGGCGGGCCGGCCCAGUCUUCCGAAUUGCCGGCCUACAUCGCCUUCCAGCGCGGCAUCCGCGAGUUCGCCAUCGGCGAGGCGGCGGCCUACGCCAUCGUCAUCUUCAUCGUCUCCGCCGUGCUCAUCACCCUCUUCCUGAAGUAUCUGAAGAAGGGCGGCAUGAGCAAAUCCAACUACCGCCUCGUCAAGCUGCUGUUCCUGUCCUUCAUGGGCCUGUGGCUGCUGAUCACGCUGUUCCCCUUCUACUGGCAGGUCAUCACCGCCUUCAAGUCGGCGGCGGAGACCAACCGCACCAUCCCGACCUUCUGGCCGGAGGUCUGGCAUCCGCAGAACUUCGUCUCGGUUUUCGCCGAGGCCUCCAACUUCAACGCCCUGGUCGACAGCUUCAUCAUCGCCACCGGCAACACCCUGGCCUCGCUCUUCCUGGGCACCCUGGCGGGCUAUGCCUUCGCCCGUUUUCCGCGCCAGGCCGGUGGCGAGAACCUGGCCUUCUGGGUGCUCUCAAACCGCAUGUUCCCGCCGGUCGCCGUGGUGCUGCCGAUGUUCUUCCUCUUCGACGCGACGCCCUGGGGCACCGACAGCCAUAUCUCCCUGAUCAUCCUCUACCUGGUCUUCAACAUGCCGCUGGCGACCUGGCUGAUGAUGGUUUUUUUCCGCGACGCGCCGCGGGAACUGGAGGAGGCGGCCUAUCUGGACGGCUACACCCCCUUCCGCGCCUUCUUCAAGGUGACGUUGCCGCUGGUGCUGCCGGGCAUGAUCUCCGUCGCCAUGCUGUGCUGGAUCUUCGCCUGGAACGAAUACCUCUUCGCCAACCUGCUGGUCGGCACCGACGUGCGCACCUACACCAUCGUCAUCCCGACCUUCACCCACGGCAGCCAGACCCUCUGGAACCUGCAGAUGGCCUUCAGCCUCAUCGCCAUGCUGCCGCCGGUGCUCCUCUUCAUCCUGCUGCGCCGCUACAUGGGACUCUGCAAGGGCUGGGACUUUCCGGUCAUCGACCGCCUGGACCUGACGGUGGAGGAGGGCGAGUUCUUCGUCGUCGUCGGCCCCAGCGGCAUCGGCAAGACCACGCUGCUGCGCCUCGUCGCCGGGCUGGAGCGGCCCGAUGCCGGAACCAUCCGCGUCGGCGGGCGCGACCUCACCGCUUUGCCGCCCUACCGCCGCAAGGUCGCCAUGACCUUCGAGAGCUAUGCGCUCUAUCCCCAUCUGACGGUGUUCGAGAAUAUCGCCAGCCCCCUGCGGGCGCGGCGCCUGUCCAAGAGCCAGAUCACCGAAACCGUGGUGGCGGUGGCGCAGCUGCUGCGCAUCGAACAGCUGCUGAACCGCCGCCCGGGCGAGAUCUCCGGCGGGCAGAAGCAGCGCACCGCGCUGGGCCGCACCCUCGUCGCCCAGCCCGAUGUGUUCCUGCUGGACGAACCCAUCAGCCAUCUCGACGCCAAGAUCCGCCACGAGCUGCGCCUGCAGUUCCACACCCUGGAGGAACUGCGCUCCGUGGCGACCCUCUACGUCACCCACGACUAUGCCGAGGCGCUCUCGCUGGGCGACCGCAUCGGCGUCAUGGGUCACGGCGGGCUGGUUCAGGUGGGCUCGGCGCGGGAGCUGUUCCAGCAGCCGCAGCAUCUUCUCGUCGCCCAGCACCUGGGCCAGCCGAGCAUCAACGUGGUCGAGGCCUCGCUGGCGUCGUCCGGCGACGACCUGAAGUUCACCGCGGAAGGCGCGAGCCUGACCCUGCCGGUGGCGGGGCCGCAUCGCUCGGUGCUCUCCGGUCUCUCCGGCCGCGGCGCCGGGCGCAUCACCGUCGGCAUCCGCCCCCAGCAUGUCCAGGUGGUCGCGAACGGAGAGACGGCGAAUGGCGAUGCCGUCGUCGACGCCACGGUGUCGAUUUACGAAGCGCUCGGCGCUGCCGGCAUUCUGGUGGCGGAAAGCGGUGGCGUGAGGCUGACGGCGCUGACGCCCCCCAACGCCGUCUUCCAGCAUGGCGAGCCGGUGCGGCUUUCUCUGCGCAACGAGACCUUUCUCUACUUCGAUGCCGACAGCGGCCGCAACGACGUGAACAAGGUCUACCGCUCGCGCCACCACGAGGUGCAUGCGGUGAGCGACCUGAACCUCACCAUCAACGAUGGCGAGUUCGUCGCUUUGCUCGGCCCCUCGGGCUGCGGCAAGACCUCGACCCUGCGCAUGAUCGUCGGGCUGGAGGACAUCACCUCGGGCGAGAUCCAUUUCGACGACACCCUGGUCAACAGACUGGACUCCCAGGCCCGCAACGUGGCCAUGGCCUUCGAGACCUACGCGCUCUACCCCAACUUCACCAUCGAGGAGAACCUGGCCUUCCCCCUGGAGGUGCGCGGAGUCGCGCCGGCAGAGCGCCGCAGGAAGGCGCGGGAGAUCGCCGAGAUCCUGCGCAUCGACGACAUCCUCGAUCAGCGGCCCAGCGCCCUUUCCGGCGGCCAGCAGCAGCGCGUCAGCCUCGGCCGUGCCCUCAUCCGCGACCCGGCGGUCUUCAUCCUCGACGAGGUGAUGAGCCACAUCGAUGCGCACCUGAAGUUCCAGAUGCUCUUCGACCUGAAGGCCAUUCAUCAGGAAAUGAAGAAGACCAUGGUCUAUGUGACCCACGACCAGGUCGAGGCCCUGGCGCUGGCCGACCGGGUGGCGGUUAUGAGCCACGCGGAACUGCAGCAGGUGGGCACGCGCAACGAUCUCUAUCACACGCCCGCCAACGUCUUCGUGGCCGACUUCAUCGGCGAGCCGCCGACCAACUUCUUCGAGGCGGAGCUCUUCACCGGCGGUAACGGCACGGUUCUGAAGGUCCAGGGCACGGACCUGGAGAUUGCGUUGGAGGAAGGCCAUGCCCAGCGUAUCGCGCGCUGGAACGAGAAACAGCUGACGGUGGGGAUCCGGCCCCAGGCGCUGCAUCUGGGCGGCGACCCCAGCCUGCCGGCGCUGGAGGCGGAGGUGGCGAUCAACGAGUACCUGGGUGAGCGCUCCAUCCUCACCAUGGUCAAUGGCCGGCAGACCUUUCGCGCCGUAGUCGAUGCCGACACGGCAGCGCAGCGCGGCGACAAGGUACGGGUGCACUACGCGCUCGACGACGUGAUGGUGUUCAGUGGCAAGACGGAGGCGCGGAACCGCCCGGCACCGAAGAGGGCCGGCCAAUCGAAGAGGGAGGAAGCAGCUAUGGGUCUCUUUAGCGGAUUUACGCGGCGAAAGUUCCUGCAAGGGGCGGCCGCCGGCGCCGCGGCGGCCGGGGGUCUGAUGCCCGGUGCCUCAUUGGGCGCAACGGCGGUGCCGCCGGGCAAGAAGCUCUUCAAGGACGUGGAGCUGACCUACUUCCAGGAUUCCAACUGGCUGCACUCGCCGCUCUGGCUUUCGCCGCAUCUCAUGAAAGAGGCAGGCGUCGGCAUCAAGAGCCGCGAGAUGUAUGACGGCGGCGACGCGGUGGCGAAGAUCCUGCCGCAGCUUCUGUCCCGCCGCCCGCGCUUCGACUGGGUGCAGUUCCCCAGCCUGUUUUUCGGCGCAUUCGCCGAGACCGGCCAACUGGAGCCGCUGGACGACUACUUCGCGCAGUACGCAGGCAGCCAGGACUAUCUCGACUGGGUCAUGCCGGCCUACCGCGAGUUCUACACCAAGUGGGACAACAAGACCUACGGCGUGAUGCUGGACGGCGACAUCCACAUCCUGCAUUACCGCAACAGCUACUUCCAGGAUGCCGAACUGCGCAGCAAGUUCUCCAAGCGCUUCCAGCGCGAACUGGAGGUGCCGAAGACCUGGCUCGACUUCGUCGAUGCCACCCAGUUCUUCACCGAGGAACUGAGCAGCCAGGGCGUCUACGGCACUUCCAUGGUGGUGAAUCCGCCGAACUUCGGCUGGGGCUUCUGGAUGGAUAUCGCCGCCUCCGCCGGGGUGAACUACUUCGAUGAGAACAUGAACCCCACCAUCAACCAGGGCAAGGCGGCGGAGAGCCUGGAUAUCUACAAGGAGAUCAUCAAGUUCGGCCCGCCGGGCGCCGAGGCCAUGGACAUCGGCACCACCAUCCAGCGCUGGCAGUCCGGCUCCGACGUCAUGUCGGUCUGGUGGAUCGACCUGUCAGAGUUCACGGUGCAGCAGCAGGGCCCGGAACUGGCGGAAGACCAGCGCGGUGCCAUCGUCCCGGGCUGGCUGAACGACGACGGCUCGAUCACCAACCGGGCGAUCUCGCUGUGGUGCCGCACCGCUUCCAUCCCCAAGAACAUCCCGCAGGAUGUGAAGGACGCGGCCUUCUACUUCAUCUACCGCAUGUCCCAUCCCGACUACUCCAACGAGAUGGUGGCCGACGAGUACUGCGGCUCCGACCCCUACGGCAAGACCCACUACGGCGAUGCCGCGGCGCAGCUCUAUCUGCAGGCCAAUCCGCAGCGCGGCACCGACAACGAGCUGUGGUCGACCAACGCCGGCAUCUUCAAGAACUUCGAGACCGCCAAGAACCACCUCGACGCCGGUCUCGCCAACGUCGAGGUCGGCUAUCCGCAGUUCUUCUGGGAAGGCACGCCGGAAUACGCCGACGCCCUGGGGCGCAACAUCUCCAAGGCCGUCUCCGGCGAACUGACCAGCCAGCAGGCGCUGGACGAGGCGGCGGAGGAAUGGGCGCAGAUCGCCCAGAAGCUCGGCCUCGACAGCCAGAAGCGGCAGUACAAGAACUUCAUCGAUGGGGCCCGGGCGCUCGGCUACAAGAUCUGA